AUGUCGCAAACAGAGGAGAAGUUCAAUAUCAAAGACUUUUCACAAAGUUAUAAGCUUCCGAAUGCAGCCAUUUUUACGCUGUUGACAGAGUUUCAAACUCAUGUCCAGUCGAUGAUGAGAGAAUGGCGGAAUAAUAAAGAUACUCUUCGUCUCUCAGCCACUCUAUCCACUGAAGCUUGGAAGAGUGUAGUCAACUCCGCCACUUUAUGCGUCAGAGAUAAGAUAUUCAGCGACGAUCUCACCGAAUUGAGAGUGAAUGCAAAAACAAUCGAUGAGAGGUAUACUGAGAUGCUGAAGGAUAACAACAUGUAUAACGAUCAGACACAACAAGAAGUAGAUGAUCUUGUGUUGGGCAAAGUCAGUAUACUUUCAGAAGUAUGCCCUGAUUUUGGUGAAAAUUAUCAGACUAACUUGGAUAGAUUUGAAGAUGAUUUUCAACAAUGGGUGUCUCAGACUGUACGAGAGAACGGCCAAGAAGUGCAGGUAGAUGCUAGUAGAGCCAUAGUAGCUUUGGAUGUCGAACCGACAAGGCAAGUAGUCCAGGGGAUUUUCAAUGCUUUUCAAGAGUUGGAUGCUCAACGAGCCCAGAAACGAACUCAAGCUGUUUCCUCUGAUGAGGCUGAUUCUGUCGAUCAGACAAAACUAGAUGCAGAGACUCUUCGGCACGUUCUGGCUUUCGCAUGGGAUAUGGAUAAGGCAUAUGGUGGAACUCAUCAUUUAACAGUCGAACGCCCCGAGUUCGAGUUCGACGACAUCGAUCCUUGGGGUACUACUCCCUCUUAUAACGAUUGUGACGCUAUUAGCAGUGACCAAGAGGGAGAUGAGGUAGAAGCCAUCUACGACGUCGUAACGAUCCCAGUCUCAGAGCGAUGGACGAUGAUCGUAGAUGAUUCUUGA